AUAAAUAGAUAGGUGGGUAGAUUUAUCCCAAAAUUAACAUGUACGUCCUUUAUUUGCCAGUUGGCAAGACCCUUUGGACAGGCCUAGCUUGCUUGCUUUAUAAGGACAGGCCUAGCUUAGAUUGUUCAAACAGUAGCAAUAAAUAUACAAGAAAAUGAGGAUUUGGUUAUGGAAAUCUCGUGUGCGAAAGCUCGUAGUUGUUUGGGUGGUGACCAUGGCAAUGUCUGGUGGUUUAAGUUACUCCAAGUGUGAAUAUGAGGCAAUUUUCAACUUCGGCGAUUCAAAUUCGGACACUGGUGGGUUUUGGGCAGCAUUUCCGGCGCAGUCUGGUCCUUUUGGCAUGACCUACUUCAAGAGACCCGCUGGUCGGGCUUCCGAUGGCCGUCUAAUUGUUGAUUUCUUAGCUCAAGCUCUGGGAUUCCCAUUUCUGAGCCCAUACCUGCAAUCAAUUGGAUCUGACUACAGACACGGGGCAAAUUACGCUACGCUGGCAUCUACUGUGCUCUUGCCAAAUACUUCCUUAUUUGUUACUGGUAUCAGUCCCUUUUCUCUUGCUAUUCAGCUCAAUCAAAUGAAGGAAUUCAAAGUUAAAGUCGUUGAAUUUCAUGCCACCAAUCAAACAGGAUCAACUAGUCUUCCAUCACCAGACAUUUUUGGUAAAUCCAUCUACACAUUGUACAUUGGUCAGAAUGAUUUCACUUCCAAUUUAGGAGCUAUUAGUAUAAGUGGAGUCAAGCAGUAUCUUCCUCAAGUAGUUGGACAAAUCGUUGGCACUCUCAAAGAGCUAUAUGCGUUAGGAGGGCGUACAUUUCUGGUUCUAAAUCUUGCACCAGUGGGCUGUUAUCCUUCAUUAUUGGUAGGGCUCCCUCACAACAGCUCAGACAUCGACAAGUUCGGCUGCCUCAUCCCUUACAACAGUGCAGUGGUCGACUACAAUAACAUGUUGCAGCAGGCACUAAACGAAUCUAGAAAGGAGCUCCCAAAUGCUUCCCUUGUAUAUGUGGACAUUCACGCAGUUCUGCUAAAGCUGUUCCAACAUCCCUCCUCUCAUGGGUUCAAGUAUGGUCCUAAAGCAUGUUGUGGACAUGGGGGAGGUACCUACAAUUUUGAUUCUCAAGUUUUCUGUGGAAAUACCAAAGUGAUUAAUGGGAGCAAUGUGACGGCAUCAGCUUGUGAUGACCCCUACAACUAUGUAAGCUGGGAUGGAAUCCAUGCCACAGAUGCAGCAAACAAGUUUAUUACAAUGGCCAUCCUCAAUGGCUCUUAUUCUGAUCCCCCUUUUUCUCUUCAGCAAUGUGUCCUCCACGAUAUUGACAAAUCCAGUAACUAAUCAUCACAAAAAAAUUCAACUGCUGGGAAUGGUAAUAAAUUUAUUUAUGCUGAAUAAUCCUCAAACCUCUGAGUUAGCAAGCUACUGUGGCACGUCCUGUUCUCAGGAAUUAGAAUCAAACAAAGCAUUUUAGCUCGUUAA